GCUGCUCUCUUUGCCGGGAGUGGGUGGAGCGGGCGAAGCCUCGGAGAACGUCAAGUCCCACCUGUCACGAAGACGCCCUGCGAUUGGCUCGUUCCCCGUCUCCGAGCAACAGGGUUGGCGUCGUCAAAGUGGCUCCCGAAACUCGCUCGGUGGGGUGACAUUUCCAGCCAGGCCGGGGCCUGGGCCGCAGUCGGGCGCCAUGUCGACGCGGACGCUGCCACUUCUGUUCCUUAACCUAGGCGGGGAGAUGCUCUACAUUCUGGACCAACGGCUGCGCGCGCAGAGCAUUCCGGGAGAGAAGGCGCGCAAAGAUGAAUGGACUGAUGUGGACAGGAGACGAGUUAUGAAUGACAUCAUUACAACCAUGUUCAAUAAAAAGUUUAUGGAGGAGUUGUUUAAACCACAGGAGCUCUAUUCCAAGAAGGCCUUGAGAACCGUGUAUGACCGGCUAGCGCACGCAUCCAUCAUGAGGCUGAACCAAGCCAGCAUGGAUAAGCUCUACGAUCUUAUGACCAUGGCCUUCAAGUACCAGGUUCUACUCUGCCCUCGGCCCAAAGACAUUCUGCUCGUCACUUUCAACCACUUGGAUUCCAUCAAGGAUUUUAUCCAAGAUUCACCCAGCAUUCUGAAUCAAGUCGAUGAAACCUUUCGGCAGCUAAUUGAUACAUAUGGAUCACUCUCUGAUGGGGAAUUUCAGCUCAUUCGGCAAACAUUGCUCAUCUUCUUUCAGGACAUGCACAUCAGGGUCUCCAUCUUCUUAAAAGAUAAAGUUCAGAACUCCAAUGGCCGCUUUGUGCUCCCGACCUCGGGUCCAGUUCCUUGGGGGACAGAGGUUCCAGGACUCAUCAGGCUUUUCAACAAUCAAGGGGAUGAAAUUAAAAGGACUGAAUUUGUUCAUGGUGGGAAUUAUCUCCUUCCUCUCCGGGAAGGCUCAUUCGACCUUUAUGGAGACAGAGUCAUUAAACUGGGAACAAACAUGUAUAGCAUCAGCCGGCCUGUAGAGACACACAUGUCAGGAACAGCCAAAAAUACAGCGUCCCGUAUAAAGGAGAAUGCCACUCCCAACCCUCUAGCCAAAGAAGAGCUGAACUUUUUGGCCAGGCUGAUGGGUGGCCUGGAGAUAAAGAAGCCCCUGGGCACUGAGGCAGGCUUCCGGCUGAAUCUCUUCACCACAGAUGAAGAAGAAGAACACGCAGCUCUGACACGUCCGGAGGAACUCUCUUAUCAGGUUGUGAGCAUACAAGCUGACCAGGACCAAGAGCGGAAUGAGGAGCUGAGCCGAAUCAUGGAAGAGUUUGAGGUGGCAGAGCAGCCCCAGCAGAGCACCAGCAAGGGAGCUGACUUACUAGCCAUGAUGGACGAGCUGUAAGGCCUGGCUCUGGGGAACAGAAUUGUCUGGGCAGCAUGUCAUAUCCAGUCCCUCGUAGAACUCAGCCACCAGCCUCCUGCAGAAGGGAAUGGUCGCCAAGGCCGUCCAUUUGUGUUGGGUUAUACAAGCUGGAUGGCACAGAGGCCCAGUUGACCUUUGGGGAAAUGGACGGAGGUGAUUCAGUAGCCUCCUCGCUUUGUUGUCGUGGCCUACCUUGACCCCUGUGGGGUCAGUUAGAUGUUUCAGCAGUGGAAGUGGACAUUCAUCCUGCCUUUAACUCACACGUGUUCAUGGAAGAGGCAUUGUUUCCCCCAGGUAUCUUUCAUAAUUAGAAAUGCCAGCUGUGCAGUGAUGCUAAUUAUCUUGUGAAUGUAUCCUACAAAGAACAGAAGGAACAGUUCCUUCAUUUUUAAUAUAGCAGCCAAAGCUGGCAAGAAGGUUGGAUUGAUGUAUCAGCCACAUUCUUUAUCUGCUGCAGUAAUAAAGACCAAAAACAA